UCGUACAAAUAUGAAAUAACUUUCAUUAUAUGCUAUCUUACGUCCUCUCUUCAGAACCGCCUGCGGAGAUAAAAAAUUCCAAUUACUUUAGGAGAUAUCGAAUUUUUUAAUCUUCAUUUUUUGGCGAUUUUUUUAAAAAAAAAAUUUAAAAAUCCGAAAAUACCUUUAUUCUGUGCUCUUAAACUUCCUCUUUUCAUUAAACCCGGCUGAGAUAAGAAAUUCCAAAUACUUUUGGAGAUAUCGAAUUUUUUAAUUUUCAUCCUGUGAACUCGUGCGGCGAUAACGGUUGCUUGUUUACAAGUAUCAUUUUUUUUUUUUUUUUGCGAUGUUCCCAAACGGAGAAACCUAAGAUGCACAUAAAGUUCUGCCAUUCCCGAUUACACCCGAACAAUUCACCUUCGGCCAACCUCGGGUUUAUUUAUUAAUAUUUCUGUGUUUAUUUUAAUGUAGCUAUACUAACCUAACUAACCAUCCAAAUGGUUUUUAAGUGUUUUAAUGUAGCUAACCUAUCCGACCACUUUUAAUAUUUCAAUUCAUUUUUCCUGCGCAAAAAUAAAUAAAUCCCGAGGUUGGCCGAAGGUGAAUAUUCGGGUGUAAUCGGGAAUGGCAGAACUUUAUGUGGAUCUUAGGACUCUCACGUGAACGAAUACAUCAUGUAAAAAGAAACUUACACAGUCAACCGCAAAUGGCCAAGGACAGUGACAUCAGCAAGGUACUUAGAGCUGCAAGGAAGGACGACAUUGAGUUACUUCAGGCUGUCAGAUUUGAUGGUAAAAUUUCAGACUGGACCAUCUGUUAUCAUGCCAAGACUGGAGAUAGCCCUCUUCACAUUGCUGCAAAACAUUGUAACUUGAGGACCGUAAGGUUUCUUUUGGAAGAUUGGGCCACAGAAAAUUGUGUUUCAGUUAGAAACAAAAAUGGUAAAACCGCUUUACAUGAAGCUGCCCAGAAUGCAGAACCGGAAAUAGUAAAUUACUUAAUUGCUCGUGGAGCCGAAGUGAACUGCAUAAAAGGGGCUGAUUGGACCCCGCUGAUGCUGGCGUGCACCAAGUCCGGGGUUAGAGCCUUGGAGACGGUCAGAGUGUUGCUGGCGAGCGGGGCGAACCCGAAGCUGUGCAACAAGGACGGCUGGACGGCCGUGCAUGUGGCAGCGCGCGACAGUGGCGUUGCCGUGGUGAGAGCUCUGUUGCACGCGGACGCCAGCCUUGCCGGGACGAGGAGUAGGAAUGGCCGCACCCCACUGCACACUGCGGCUCUCCACGGCAAGCGAGACACCGCGGAGACGCUGCUGAGACACUGCCCUGCCUCGCUGGAAGCUGCCGACGCGUGCGGGGUCACGCCGCUGCUGGAAGCGGCCAGGCACGGGUCCGUGGAGAUGCUGCAGUUCCUGCUGGACCAGGGGGCCUCCCUGGACCACCGCGACGCGAUGGGCUUCGAGGCACUCCACGUGGCCGCCCAGGCGGGGAGCCUGCGGGUCCUGGGGUUCCUGGCCGGGGCGUGCGGCCGUGACGUGAACGUGGCGUCCCAGGGCUCGGGGCUCAGCCCCCUGCACUGCGCGGCCAGGGCCGGCCAGCUGGGCGCGGUGCGGCUGCUGCUCUCCAUGGGCGCCGACCCCCGCCUCCGGGACCGCAGCGGUCGCUCGGUUUCAGAAGUUGCAGCUGUUUGCCACAAAGAAGAAAUCAUCAGGCUCUUACAGGAAAGUAGCUCAUGAAUACGAAUAAAGGUCAUCAGAGAUGGUGGCACUCUGCGACACAGUCAGGUGCGUUGAGAGGAAUCGGCCGUGGCCAUCCCAACAUUUGCCUGGAGCGAUUUAGGAAAAUGGAAAUCAUGAUGGCUGGACCAGAACUCACACCCGGCUCCUCUGGAUUGCACCUUUUCUCUCAUUAACAUGGAGAACAUAAAAAAAAAAUACAUUACUUAGCUUAAUACAUAUCAAAAUAUUUGUUUGUUAUCCCAGAGCAGAUUAAAAUUUCAGGAGUUAUACCUACCCCUAUUACAUUUACAGCAUAUGCUAUGUGGAAAUGUAAUUAGGGACGUGCCCACAAGAGAGAGUCUCUCAGGUCUGUGCUGUGAGCACUGCAACGCGUUCCUCCACAGCUAAAGUGUGUCUCAUGCUUAGUCUGCAGUGUGUAUUUUAAUAGAUAUUUACUCUCUCUUUCAAGUGCAAGAUUUCUGCCAUUUGCGCUGUCUUCUGCUGCCAGAUAUAUGCAGAGAGCACAACUGUUUUAGACACACCUUUGAAAUGUAAUGAAUAUUUUUUAAUAUGUACCUGAGAAAUUGUAUAUUUUAGAGAAAAUUUUAGAUUGAGAAUUUGGGUAAUACAUUUUCUGUUUUACUUCACUAAGAGCAUCAUCUUAUAAUAUUGAAAUUUUUGCUUCUAAGGAGAUGUACUGAGCUAUGCCAUUUUGGUUUAACUAUUUUUUGUGAAAUUUUUUUAAUCAUUUAAUAUUAAAAACUUAGACCUUGCCUGAUCAUGCCUUGUUAUUAACAUUGAUUAACUGCAACAAAUAGUUUCUCCUUUAAAAUAAUAAUUAGUGUUUUGCAUUAAAUUAUUUUUCUUUCUUUCAGAAUGUCCAAAACAAUACUAAUACUGUUAAUCAUAAACAAAAUGUUAUCUUAGAAAAAUGAACACAUAGAAAAUUUAAAAAAAAAAAAAGUAUGAGAACAAGAUUUGUUUGACAAUUAGGCAACAAUGGGUACCAUUUACUCUGUACUGCAAGCAGGAGACAAGCAAUAGGGAUAGCACACUGAAGAAGUAAAGGGGUGGGGCAGAAGCUCUCCCCACCCCAGCAGCCGGCCACUGUCUCACACGGUCACAUCUGCCCGAAUCCACCCCCUGGCCGGCUCGGAACAUCAGUCUGGGGGCUCCACUCCAGAAGCCUUCAGGCCUUGCCUUUCAAAUACAUAGUUGGAAAUAAAACAGCCAGCAAGGACGAACUGCUGUGUUUAUCGCAUGAGUGCGGGUGUAAAUGUUGCUGUUUGCUGUCCUCUGCUGCCACAGUGUGUUUCCUGUACGGUGAUAAUGUGUGUGAGUAGCAUACAUCCAACAGAAACAGUUGCAAAGCACCAGGGAAUUUGUAUGUUAGUAGACACACAUUUCAUUCAUUAAUUAUCCACGAGACAAGUUUGUGAUUAUGGCAUAUGUUUUAAUAUAUAAAAAAUAAUAGUUAUCAUAAACAUGAUGGGAAAGUAUUUACUUAUCUGUAUUCUUAGAUUCUGUACAACAUUAAUGAUUACAAUCCCCUGUACUGUUUAUUUUGAUUAGCGUGCUGUGUUUGCCAGGACUUGAUAGAUUGCUUGCAGCCACACCGUGACGGCGAAGGCUCCGGCAUCAACGUCCCGUAUAUGCUCUGCGCUCACGUAACUUGCUCGCCCAGCCCUGUAAUGCAAACACAACUGAAUAAAACAAACUGCAACUAGGUUGAAGCUCACAGUGACGGUUUCCUCGUCAUUGCAGGCUCCAAGCCUGCUUGCAAGGAUACGUCGAAUUGAAGGAUGAGUCCCUUCUAUUAGGGAAAAAAAGAAGCAGCCUCAGUGUAAAAUCCAACAUAAUAACCAAAAGAGAUUUCAUGGAACUCGGGUACAUAUAUUUUAAAUAAGCGAAAAUAGCCAGAAGGUUACACACAUGAAAUUGUUCAGGAGCAUGGCACUAAUUAAUUUAGGCCACUGACAUAUCAACAUGGCAGGGAAAUCAGGGAAAUAAUUCAACAGCAAUUUACAAGACUCGAUGGAGCUUAACACACAAUAAGAAUAACUUAUUGUUAAAGUUACUUGAGCGAGAUGUAGUAAAGCAUACACUAACCUAGAUUAAUUACUCCAUAUUAUUAGCCGCAGUGAGUACUAAGUUACUUAAGCUCUUAAGUAAAGGAACACUACCCAAAUUGAAGUAACCUACAAAUAGUGAACGAAGACCCUAUUCCUUUCGCUAUAAAAUAUAUGUUAAUAUUUCUUUACAGGUCAGUAAGAAUACUGUGUUUGGAAAUAAUUUCACAGUGGAGGAUCCGCAGCAGAAAUGUUGAGCAUGAUCUCUCAGUCAUGUGGCGAAGGAGUUUGGUUCCUUCCCGAACACCAACGUGACUCAUUUUACGAGCACAGAGUUGGUAUUCAAGUCUUGAAGGGCCUGUAAGACUGAGCACAACUGUGCGAUGUAAGCCCCUGAGUUGUCUACAGCUACUGUCUUUUUCUGCUGACUUGAAGACAAACUUUGAUACAGAUCACUUUGUAGAAGAGACAUGCUACAACAGCUUGUCAAACUUUGAUUGUACACACCUUGUGGAUUCCUAAAAUUCGAUGUUACAUGAUCGGUGAGAAAUUUGAAGGCACCCAUUCAACUUCUGAGAUAAAUGGCCAGUUUUUCAUUAUCUCUUAAAAUAAUAAAAAUUAAUGUGUUUCUGUCUAGUUUCAAUUAAUCACGCAAUGAGAGGCAGUACUUGAGAGAAACUGGUAGCAGCAUGAAGAAAAAUCCAAUUUUCUUUUGCUAUAAGAGUGAGUGAUUCUAUGGUAUAGUCAUACCUGAUUCAGACUUUGUGGGUAAAAUACCAGCAGCUAUUACAAAACAUACCAUAUUCUUCUUUCAAAAAUGAUAGUAUUUUUCUGAAAGAAUAAAAAAAUGAAUAGUGGAAUGGAAGGGAGAAAGGAAAGUGAUUCACUGAUUGAUUACUGUAUUUCUAAAUAAAUUAAAAAUAUCUUAAUAAUAUGAGUACCUAGGUUUAUAGUAGAUCACAGAGCAGAACUAAUAAAGGAUAUCUUCGUCACUGGCCAUCUAUACAAACCUCAUUAUUCCAUGUGAAUAAUGUGUAUACUCAGCUUAAAGAACUUAGUAGAAAACAAAUGUAAAUUUUUGCAGAUUUUGGUCAAUGUGUUUGUUAAAAUUAUAAGAAUUAAUUUGCAGCAUUUUUCAAUUUUACAUUUUAUUCCUUUCUUUAACGAAGUUGUAUGAGAUGGUUAACAUUUCAUUUCAUUCUAAUUCAUAAUAAAUUAAUUGGCAUUUUAAUACUUCCUCUCUUUUCUUAUGGGUUAAUCCGUUAACAGAAGAGUGUGUAAUUGGGUCUGUCUGCCCGUCUGUUCAAUGAACAGUGGUUAGUGUGUAGCCUGUAGACUUCCCUAGCAAAGCAAGGGUAUGUCAGUCAGUUCAUCAUAAAACUUGAACGUAAUUUAUUUGAAUAUUGAUAAGAAUAUCAAUAUUUCUUAAGAUAAAUUAGCAAAACAACUAUCAAAAUUAAGUUCCAUUUUGUCUUAAAAUGCUAAAGAGUUAAUUUUACAAAUUUAAUUUUUUUUCUGGAAGCGAGUCUACAUCCCUCGAGCUCCCCCAGUUAGGCCCCGUGAAGUCGUGGGUCGCUAAUAUUUAAAAACGUCUGUCAAAAGCUUGCUGAAUAUUAUAUACCUUUUUACUUAAUAGUCUGGCAAAUGGUGAUCAACACUUCAUUAAAUAUAAUUAUUGAACAUGUGGUUUUUGCAAUUAUACAUCAUCUUUUCGCUUGGAUAGUUUUUAUUUAAAUUAUUAUUGUUUUGCUCUUAUUUUCACAUUUGAUAUAUAUUAAUAUAAUUAAAAAUGUAUUGCUAUCAAAUGCAUAUCACAAAGUUUAUAAACAAUUUUUUUUUUUUUUUUUUUUUUUUUAAUUUUCUACAUUUAUUUUGAAUACUGUGUGAAAUAGAGUUAAAGUGAUGGAUAUUGUACAUACCUACACUGUAUAAAAUCGUCCAAGAUGACAAAAUAUUAUGAAAUGGUUGUUUAUGCAGUAGAAAGAAAGAAUUAUUGUGAAAGCCAGUGUACUUAAGUCAAUGAGUUCAUCCUUCAGAGUUAAAAUUUAAUAAUUGAAACAUUUGAGACAUUGUAUCGAAAAGUUGUUGUAUUGCCUAACAAACAAAAGAUUGAUACCAAAAAAUGAACUUUUUUUUCACUUAUGAUUUACUUACUUCAAAAUACCAAUAUUUGUUUAAAACUUGAAUUAUUCACACACACACACGCAUACACACACAAAAAUUAAUAAAGUUUUAGAAGAUAAUUCUGUAUUCCAUAAUACAGUACACUCCUGAUUAUCCGCGAAAUUAAAUGGCAGGGCCACCAUGGAUAGUGAAAAUUGUGGAUAAUCCGCAAAAGAGCCGAAAAUGGAAAACAAAAAAGGAAAUUAAUUUCAAGUUGAAAAUCUAAAAAUUUAUGUACAGUAAAAGUUACAAUUAACAGUAAAAAUUAUUAAAUGAUGCUCAAAUUUUAUUAUUUUACUGAAUAAUUAACAUACAAUACAUUUCAGUGAUGUAAACAUAAGAGUGCUCGGUAUUUACUUCCUAACAAGGAUACAUUACAUACGGUACGCACUAAGAGACUUCAUUAGACACUAAAUAAGCACAACUCUUUAAAUUUACAACUUUUUGAAAAAAUCAGUCACUUGUUUUUGUUCCUUGCUAUGGAAACAUCUUUUCUUAACUCUUGAUUGAAUUUCCGCAACAUAAGUUUUUCAGUCAACUGUGUAUCGUCGUCUUGUUUCUCUAAAUAGUGAAGCAGUCCGACGAUGUGUUGCAAAGCUGCUUCGUGAGUCAUCUGCGCCUUCGCACUGAGCUCGCCUGUGGCGUUUUACUGUAUACUUAGGGACCCCAGAAAAUGGUAAAUAAAACUGGCUCAUUUCGGUGUAAAAAAAUGACAAAAGCGGUGCAAAAAAUCGGUGUAAAAAAAAGCAAGCGGUGCAAAAAAUUGGUGUAAAAAUAAGCAAUCGCCGUAUACUGCACACAAUACACUCGUCAGAUAGAGUUAAAAUUUGCUCAUUUGUAAUAAAAUAUAGAUUUACAUAUGUGCUGUAUUUUUUCAUAGCAUGCGCGGAUCAUCCGCCCGCGGAUAAUAGGGAGUUUACUGUAAUUGCUUUCAACCGCAAAAAAUAAUAAUUACUGAUUUAUAAUGACAUACUCAAAUGAGAAUAUAUGAUUACAGUUGUUGGGUCUAGCCAGCUACAUAGAAAAAAAAGAACAGAGUUUAUGUACAUAAUAAUACAGAUUCAAACAAUUAUAAUGAUUUAAAUACUGCUUAAUAAUUAAUGUUGAGUGUUUCCAAGACGUAUCAAAAUAAUUCAACAGUGAAAAAACACCAAUGUACUAAUGUGCAGUUUUAUCUAUCUAAAUAUUCCAAUGGAAAAUAUUUAAACAGCAAAUUUCUCAAAUGGUUUUACUGUAGUUUUUAUUUGACAUGUGCAAAAAUAAGCGACAUGCAGCCAUAAACCUGGUCUCCUAUGAGAGACUAUACACGUAAGUAGAGGGAGAUGAAUGUUAACGAACCUGGCGAUCAUGUGUUUGGUCUUAUUGCAGCCGUCCUGUGCGGCCUUCACUGCCUUCUGCAGAGCCUCCACAGCCCGGGCGAACGACUCCUUCGGGUGCUUCUCAAACUCCGAGCAUGCCGGCAACAGUGCGUCCAGCUGCCGAAAGAACAACUCGAUGCAGUACCAUUCACAGCAACCAAAGUAAACCCCGAAGACCACAAAAACUAAUUUGUGAAAUUAGAACUCCUUUUUAAAAAUGUAGAUUUAGGUUAUAGUAUUAUUAAUUAGGUGUAGGAAAAUUUUGUGGACCACAAAAUACAGCAAAAUAAUGCAAAAACCAAUCUAUUUUCCAUUAAACACAAAAUGUUGUACCGAACAGCUUUAUUUGUGAAAUAGUGAUGAAAUUUGCUCAUGUUUACAUUUAAAAUUGCAGUUAUUCACUUUUUUUAAAUUUGGUAUUAACAGCGGCAACUUAAACUGUAAUUAAGUUCAGCAAUUUUACAAAAAACAAAAUGCAAAUUUUUCUAUAAUCUGAAACCAUUAGGUGCAUCCAAAUACUAGUCUAAAGGAUCCACUAUAAGUGCAUCAUAGUGGACGCAGCCAGCUUUGCGUUGAUACAGCGUGCUCACAAGAUAUGAAUUAGCAUCCCUACAUGCUUCCACGAAAUUUAGGUUUCUAGGGAUGCAACAUUCACAUCCAAUGAUGCAUCUCUACAUCCAUUACCUUCAGAAUCAUGUUUUAUUUUGUUGGUAUAUAAUAUUACUUUAGAUUUUUGGCAGAAGAUUUGUUUAAAACAUAUAACAACCUUAUUGAUCAGUUUAACACCUUUAUUUAUAAAAUUAUUGUAACAUCGCAGAAUUCCUGCCCCCUACUACCAAUAACACUUUGACUGAGAAGGUUUUUAAAUUUUAAGUUGAUGUUUUCUAAAUGUUUCAUAAUUAUUUUGUACUCAUGUUUCUUCUAUAUGUUUAUGUAUAGUAAUUUUAUUCAUUUGGUUUGUACUUUAAUAUCAUUAUUGAUUUGGUUUAGGUUCUAUAUAAAGAUGAAUGUAGUGAAUUUAUAAUUAUUAUUGGUUUUACUGUAAUUUACUUCAUCACUUACUGCGCAGCAAUGAACCAGAACUUUCGCUGGGUUCUGCCUCGCCAGCCAAUCAGAGCAUGCAAGGGACCACAAAAUCUCUUGUUUAUGUGAGUGAAAAGUAAAAACUUUGUAUUUAUUAGGAUUACAAUCCAGUGUAAUUUCAUGAUCAAUUGAAGGUACCCUAAAUAGGGAAAUAUUAUGGACAGGAAUGUUUUGUAGCUGAACAUAUUGUUGUAGAACAAUAUUGGAAAGUCGUCAUAAAAACGGCAAGUCCUGAUCCUAUGCCGUUAGCGCUUAUGUGAUACGGGUAUUUUGACCCUUUAGACAACAGUUACAGCUGGAAAUAGAGAUUAGUGCAAGCAGGAAGAUGCUGACAACAGUUACAACUGAAAAGAGAGAUCAGUGCAAGCAGGGAGAUGCUGACAACAGUUUCAGCUGGAGAGAGAGAUGAGUGCAAGCAGGAAGAUGCUGGCAACAGUUACAGCUGGAAAGAGAGAUAUUGCAAGCAGGAAGAUGCUGGCAGCAGUUACAUCUGGAGAGAGAUAUCAGUGCGAGCAGGAAUAUGCUGGCAACAGUUACAGCUGGAGAGAGAGAUCAGUGCGAGCAGGAAGAUGCUGGCAACAGUUACAGCUGUAAAGAGAGAUAUUGCAAGCAGGAAGAUGCUGACAACAGUUACAGCUGGAGAGAGAGAUCAGUGCAAGCAGAAAGGUACUGGCAACAGUUACAGCUGUAAAGAGAGAUAUUGCAAGCAGGAAGAUGCUGGCAACAGUUACAGCUGGAGAGAAGGAUCAGUGCGAGCAGGAAGAUGCUGGCAACAGUUACAGCUGUAAAGAGAGAUAUUGCAAGCAGGAAGAUGCUGACAACAGUUACAGCUGGAGAGAGAGAUCAGUGCAAGCAGGAAGGUACUGGCAACAGUUACAGCUGUAAAGAGAGAUAUUGCAAGCAGGAAGAUGCUGGCAACAGUUACAGCUGGAGAGAAGGAUCAGUGCGAGCAGGAAGAUGCUGGCAACAGUUACAGCUGUAAAGAGAGAUAUUGCAAGCAGGAAGAUGCUGACAACAGUUACAGCUGGAGAGAGAGAUCAGUGCAAGCAGAAAGGUACUGGCAACAGUUACAGCUGUAAAGAGAGAUAUUGCAAGCAGGAAGAUGCUGGCAACAGUUACAGCUGGAGAGAGGGAUCAGUGCGAGCAGGAAGAUGCUGACAACAGUUACAGCUGGAGAGAAAGAUAUUGCAAGCAGGAAGAUGCUGGCAACAGUUACAGCUGGAGAGAGAGAUCAGUGCGAGCAGGAAGAUGCUGGAGAGAGUGCACCGCCAGGGCUCACCAUGGUGCGGUCGCCGAGGCGCGCAGUGCUGUAGCGCAUGACGCCGGCCAGUCCCGCGGCCCAGGCCCGCGCCCACUCGUGCGCCCCAGCUCGGGCCUCCUGCUCCAGCGCGGAGGAGGCCGUGGUGAGCAUCAGGCUGUAUAUGGCGCCCGACGUGCCGCCCAUGGUGGCCUCUGCUACGGCCGACAGCUUCACCAGCAGGCUCGCGGGCCGGGCCAGCUCCAGUGCGUCCAGCUCGUUCAGGAUGCCUGCAGCAGCACAUACAUCCAGACAGGUUCUUCAGAAACUUGGGUAAAGCGUGAUCAAAUAUUCAUAGUCAUAGGAAAUGUUUUGUAAAGUUUUUUUUCUCAGUAAUUUAAAAUGUGCUUAUUAUUCCGUAAUACUAUACGUAGUACUAUAAAUUGGUGAUUACUGUUUGAUUUUGUUAUUUUUGAAUUUUAUUUUACUUCAGAAAUUUUAAUUAUACAUACCUGACUAUUUAUCAGGUGAAAUUUGUCUGUAAUUUGUUUAUUCUGUAAUUAUACUGUGUUCCUGAAACUUAAGAAUUUGGUUAACUUUCAAUGACACUUCAUUACAUAUGGUACAAUGACAAUUUUUUGUGAAAUUCUUUAUAUCUGUUGUCGGUAAGAGGUUUAUUUGUAUUUUUCCAUUAAAAUGUGUAGCAUAGAAAUUUCUGGUCCGAUUUUUUUUUCUCCAUUUCAACUGGUGGUAUAGAGUUUUGCUUGUAUUUUCACAUUACAACCAAUUGUAUAGAGAUUCCCAUUACAACCAGUGUGUAGAGGUUACAGUCUGUGGAGUAACAUCAUAAUACACGAGGACGCCCAUCGUUCUCUUGUAGGUUAAUAAUUAUAGUAAAAAUAUUUAAAAGUGA